AUGAAUGAAAAAAGAAAAGAUGGAAAAAAAGAAAAUAUUAGUAAUAAUAAAGAGAAUACUCAAUUUAAUGUUAAUAAUAAGAAUGCCUAUCAAAAUAAAAAUGAUUUAAAUAAAUACUUAUAUAAUACCCCUGAUUAUCCCAAUUAUAAUAUUGCAGGUAAUGUAAAUAAUAAUAUGGCAAAUUUUAGUGUUAAUAAUAUUCAAAAUAAUUAUCAGAGAAAUAAUUUACAAAAUAUUAUGAACUAUAAUGAUGAUAAUAAAAAUAGUAAUAAUAUAAAUAUGCAAGGAAAUAUGUCCUUAAAUAACAAAAAUUACGUAAAUAAUUUAAGCGAUAUGAAUAAAAAGUUUUUCGAUGAAGAAAUUAAUAAAUAUGCAAAUAAGAAUAGCCAAAUAAAUAAUUAUCAAAAUAGUAAUUUUUUUUAUAACAGGAACGAUAAUUAUUAUCAAAAUUUAAAUAAUCCUGAUAAUUUAAAUUAUAAUUAUUUAAACAAGUUUAAUAAAAAAAAUGUUCAUAAUAAUUUAAAUAAUGAGAAAAAUAAUGUAGCAAGAGAAGAAAGUAAAAACGAUUUAUCAUAUUAUAUGAACAAUAAUGAUAGUUAUGUAGAAUUAUAUAUUAAUAAAGUAAAAGAAAUAUAUUAUUUUCAUGUAUUUUAUCAUUAUUUAAAAUUAGGAUUUCCUGAAAAAGAGGCGGCGAUAGAAUCAAAAAAAUAUAUUUUCAUAACUUUAAAUAGAUAUUUCUUACUUGUAAAAAAUGCAAUUUUAUCAUCACCUGAAUCAGUUAAACAAAUAAACAAUUGCGUUUCAUCAAAUUUAUUAUAUUAUCAACAACAAACAAACUUGCAACAAUUUUUAUUACAGCAACAGUCGAAUUUACAAAAUCUCAAUUCACCAAAAUUAAACCUAUAUGAUCAAAUGAAUAUAAAUAAUUUAAAUAUUGGUAAUGUAAAUUUAUCUUUAAAUGAGCAAUCUAAAUUGACCGAUUUAUCUAAAUUAAAUUCAAGUGAUAUUAAUAAUAACAAAAAUAAUAAUAAUUUAAAUAGUAAUAUUAUUAAUAAUAGUUAUUCACAAAAUGAAAAACAAAAUAAUAGCGAUAUUCCAAAUAAUUCAUUAAAUUACAAUAUAAAUACCUCAACUAAUAUAAAAGAAAAUGAAGAAAAACAAAAUUAUUUGAGCAAUUAUUACAAUUUAAAAGCUGACAAAAUUAACGAUAUGAUUGAUUGCAUUGAAGAAAUGAAGAAAAUAAACAAAAAAAAAAAAGAAAGAAAAACAUUUUCAGAUUAUCCACCAACACAGGUAUUAGAAUUACAAAGCAAUACAUUAGAAAAUAAAUUUAAUAUGAAUAAUUCCUAUAAUAAUUUAAGCAAUUACAAUAAUAUUAAUAAUAAUAAUAAUAAUAAUAAUAAUAAUAAUAAUAUUAAUAAUAUUAGUAAUAAUAAUAAUAUUAGUAAUAAUAAUAAUAAUAAUGAAGACGUAUUUUACAAUAAUUUGAAUUUAAGCAAUAUAUCUGAUUCUAAUAAUAAUAAUUUAAUAAAUUUAAAGGAAAAUAAUAAUGAAGAAGUAAAAAAAAAAAUUAGUUUUACUAUAAAUAAGUCAAAAAAUAAAAUAUUUCAAACACAUAACCGAUCUCAAAAUGAUAUAAAUCAUAAGCCACUAAGUGAAGUAAGUGAAGUGAGUGAAUUGAGUGAUGAUAAUAAGAAUGAAAAACAAAAGGAGAAAAAUAAAUUUUCUAAUAAUAUUCAUGAAGAAAAUAAUUCCAUGAAUAAUAAUUAUAGAAAUAUGUAUAUUUAUGAAAAUAAUAAUAAUAAUAAUAAUGAUAACAAAAUAGUAAAUAAUAAUAUAAAAAAUGAUUUUAACAAUGUGAAUAUAAAUAAUACUAUAGGAAAUAUAAAUAAUAUAAAAGGAAUGGAUAAUAUUUUUAAUUUAAAUAUUAACAACACAAAUAAAAAUGGCAAUAAUCUUUUAAAUUAUGAUAAUAAUUUUUGUAUCAAUAAUAACGAUGCAAAUUAUAAUGUAUUAAAAAGCACACACAAUUUUUCUAACUUUGAUAAAUUAAAUAAUUAUAAUAAUUUCAUAAAUAAUAACCAUAAUUUUCAUAAAAGUAUGAAUAUUAACAAAUACAAUUACAGUAAUAAUAAAAACUUGAAGAAUUCAAAUAAUAUAUAUAAUUCGAAUCAUAUGAAUAUUUCUAAUAAUGUUAUUAAAAUAAAUAAAAAUAACUCUAUUAAUGGAAUUAAAAAAUAUAAUUUUAUGAAUAAUAAAGAAGAAAAUAAUGAUAAUAAAAUAAAUAAUUUUUUUAAAAUUGAUUAUUCUACAAAUAAGGAAAACAUUUAUAAACCUUUUAUUAAUGAAAUAUACAAUAAUAAUGAAUAUGAAGAUGAUGUUUUUGAAAAUAAAAAUCAUUAUAUGAAAAAUAAUUAUAUUGAAGAAGGAAAAAUAAAAUACAGAAAUAAAUUAGAAGAUAAAAAUAUUUAUGAGAAUAAACAAAAAAAAAUAGAAGAUAAAUUAGAGGAAUCAGAAUCAGAAAAAUCUGAAGAAAUCGACAUGGAAAAAUUAGAUGAUGCAUAUAAUUCGGAAUAUUAUGAAGAAUAUUCAGAUAAACAAGAAGAUACAGAUGAAGUAGUGAAUUUUAAUGAAAGAGAUAUGAACAAGAAAUAUCAAUUAAAUAACAAAAAUAAUAAAAUAAAUAAAUUAUCUAACUUACAUUUUUUUCAAAAUAAGAACGAAACAACUGAUAAAUUUAAUAGUUUUAAAACAUACAUCAAAAAUUUAAAUGAUCAUUUUAAAGAGCAUUGCAAAAAUAAGGAAUUCGCUAAAUGUCUAAAAAUAUUUAUAAAAAAAUUAUAUUCUUUAAAAAAAAAAAAUAAAACUAAUUCAUCUUUGUGGAUAGAUAACAUUUUACCAACUGUAGAAGAUGUAUUAUCAAUGGACAUUUAUUUUUUUUCCUAUCCUAAAAGGUUAAAAAGAAAAAUUGAUAAUAAUAAAGAAAUGAAUAAUAAUUUAAUUGGUAAUAAUUUAAUUGAAAAAAAAAUAAAAUUAAGCCAACAAGAAAUUGAAAGAAGAGAAAAGAGAAAGGAAAGAUUUUAUGAUAUUUCAAAAAAUAAAAAAGAUGAAUUAAUUGAAAAUGCCUUUUAUAUAGAUGAUGAUAUAAAGGACGAAAAAGAAAAUGAUGAAGAUAUGAAUCUUGAUAAAUUAAUUGAAAAAUACAAUUAUUCCAGUUGUUAUAAAAAUAAAAAUUUUGUUGGAGAAUGUAAAAAUAUUCAAAAAUUUUUUUUUCGAUUAACCUCAUUACCUGAAAAAAAAAAUGUAAGGAGUUUUUCAGUUUUGAAAUGCACAUACGCAUAUAUAUUAUAUAAAUAUAACAUAGACAAAAAUUAUAAGUACAUAAAUGAACAGUUUAGAUCAUUACGACAAGAUUUAAAUAUACAAAAUAUUUUUCAUAAUGAUGUUAUAAAUAUUUAUGAAACUAACAUAAGGAUAUGUAUUGUAAAUAAUGAUCUAUUUCAGUUUCUUCAAUGUAUAAAUAAAUUAUUUGAAUUAUAUCAGAGACUAAACAUAAAAAAAUCAAAAGUUGAAUUUUUGUGCUAUAAACUUAUAUAUUUAACUUUGCAAAAUAUGCAUCAAGAAUUCCUUGUAGAGUAUUUAACCCUGAGUGAAGAAGAAAAAAAUCAUUCAAAUAUACGACUUUGUUAUUAUUUAAAUGAGUGUAUAAAAAAUAAAAUGUAUUUAAUUAAUAUUAAUAUGAUAUCACCUUUGGAUGCUGAAUUAAACCAUGAAUAUAUAUAUUAUAGAAUUUUUUUAAAUAACCAUAUAUUAAAAUAUUUACCAAGUUUAAUGUCAUUAAGUGAAAAUGCAGUUUUGAAUGUGAAUAUUGAUUCUCUAGUUUCAUUUGUAAAAAAUCAUGGGAAAAUAAAUGAAUUUGAAAAUAAUGAAAAUCAAAAUUCGUUGGAGAAAAAUGAAGUAGUUAAAAUGCCAUAUUUAACUAAUUAUUUAAUUGUUUUGUUUUUACCUAAAUACAGACUUUUAGCACUUAUAAAUAUUUGCAAAACAAGCAUAAAGGUAAGUAUAUCUACGUUAACAAAAUUAUUAAACUUUGAAAAUGAUGAACAGUGCUUAAAAUUUUUAAACGAAGUAAACACCAUUAUAAGUAACAAUGAAGUCUUAAGUAAAUCUUCACUUGUUAACCUUAUGAAAUCUCCACUUUUGAAAAAUAAGUAUAUUAACCAUAUAAGAUAA